AUGGCGCCGUACCCGUCUGUUCUGGGCCGAAAUCUAUUUGCACCUUCGCUGCAAACAAGCAAGGCUGUUGUGACGACUCUGGUGAUUGCAGGUUUUACACAAGGUGUUAUGCGCACACCGAGUCAGGUCAAUGCUCUGGGGAAUCUUGUCUGGCUUGAGUACAUAUACGACGACGUUACGAGCACGGGUAGCUGGACGGCGUUUUCUUGCGGUCAAGAAGCUGCUACAAUGUUUGCCUGGCCCGCGAGCCAAGUCAUUAUUGCAUCAAGUACAAGUAUGCAGCCACAGAAGACUCUCAAGUCGAGCUCAAGCUCGAUGAAGACCACGACAAAGACUUCUCAUGCUCCGCCAGCCACCAGCCCAUCUCUUUCGAAAUCUCAGUCUCGGUCUAGGACAAGCUCAUGGUCGUCUACACCCUUCGAUACAGCCACGAUGGUAUCGGUGUCGACCGAGUCCAACUUCCAUUCUGGACACGAGAGCCACAGCUCCAAACCAUCGUCACGAAACACCACUCGACCAUCUUCAUCAUGGCCGUCCUCAUCCUCAUCCUCAUCCUCCUCAUCUGUUUCUGGAGCUUCAGCAUCCUCGUCCUUUACCCACAAUGGAGCCAUUAUAGGCGGUGCCACGGCCGGAGGCGUAUUUCUGAUCAUUUUGUUUGUAUUGAUCUUCACCUGGCAGCGAAGGCGAUCCCGAAAGACACUCAGGACUGAGCAGGAGCGUCAAGUCCAGAGCAUGCAGCGGGAUUAUUACAAUUUUCGAUAUCCUCAUUACGUUGCGGACGUAGCACCUCUUCCUGCCUACGAUGCACAAUUGCAGGCUACAGAGCGAGUGGUGCCCAGUCCGCCGCCGCAGAUGAAUUAUAGCGAUCUCGGAAGAAUUUGA